AUGGACGAUACCCAUAUCAAAAAAGAGGCAUGGCCCAGCCCUACGCCGCCAACACUUACACUUCAUAGCUGUCGAAAAGCGCCGACGAUGGAAUUACUUCGGGCCCCAUGUUCAUCCUCAAAAUACAUUGUAGGAAAGGCAGCCAGAGCAACCGGUUUUAAAGAUCUUCUCGGCACAUUGCACAAAAUAUUGGACCAUGGAGGACAGGAUAACUUCAAAUUGCCUCCGGAUAUGUUUUUCCUCUCGAUCAACGUCCCGGCAGAAGUUUCCGCCCUUCAAGGCUUGCAGGAUGGACCCGAAGAAGAGAUUCAGGACUUGCCAAUUUGGCGGACUGCUUCUGUGCAAAGAGAAUUCUUUCCAUCAGACAAAACUGUUUUGCGAUAUCUCAAUCAUUGUCCAUGCCUAGGGAGAUGUCUCUGUGUGGUUAAGCUCUUUGAUAUCCCCCUUCCUUUUGGCUUUGGAAUCCGUCAUUCAUCCCGAAUAGAGAUGUGGCUAUGGGGGUUAGAAUGGCGCACGUCGUUCACUUGUAGCUUAUUGUUAUGUUAUUUUGUCGGAUCUCUUUCUCUGACAACAGUUCCCAUUCCGGAGGCCCCUUGGACAUCGUCGGCGCCAGAUCCAAUCUCCAUUUCGAUAUCCAGUGACUGGCUGAAAUUACUGGGCAAGAUUGAAAGCUUCGUCAGGUUGCAAUUUCGCUUUCUAAGUCGCGUCAGUCCUUCUUCGGACAGUGGAUUCCCGAGUAUUUUCCAAGUCUUUCCGACCACACAGGAAGUUGGCCGUGGUGUCAUUGUCUCAGACCGGGUGCUUCAACGGGUUCCGACGGAAGUCCUUACUAUAUCAGGCUAUGGGAACUGGACCGACCAGGGGUGGAGCCUGAGGUUUCGUGGAAGUAUUUACAAGCAACCAAAUAUUGCGGAUAAAAUGCUACAUGGCCUCGCAAGCAUGUUUUUGCUCGGUGCUUCGCUUAAGGAGCUUCCUCCACCAAAUUAUGCGCACUCCCUGAAUAUGACGCGAAGUGUAUUUAUUCUCAAACAAAGCCAUACAAAAGUCUCUUUUCGCGUCACGCCUGACAUACCUCCGGGGUAUCCUGGUGAGGAUGCGGAGCCUUUGGUAACGGAACAGGACAUAGAUGUUCCGGGAGUCACAAAUAUGGAAGGCGACUUCGAUUCGUUCAUUGAGAUCAAGAAUGUGUCAGGGGCGUUUCCGAUAGCAGGAAACGAAACAUGCAAAACGCAACGCCUCAAAUUAUACGCACAUGGAACGGAUACUGGAAAUGCCACUGCUUACCUCAUUCCACCUGAAGGGCUUACACUAAUCAGUGAUAUCGAUGAUGUCCUUAGAGUGUCGAAAAUAUACUCAAUCAAAGAAGGGUUGAAUAACCUCUUCGGUCGACCUUUCAUUCCCUGGAUGAAUAUGCCAGAGAUAUUUUCGAACUGGUCAAGAAGCUUACCAGAUCUACACUUUCACUACCUAACAACAUCACCCGAGCAACUGACUCGCCCGUACAUGGAUUAUGUCUUCAGGACCUACCCGGCCGGCAGUUUUGAUACGAGAAUUGUGAAUUUCACCGAUUUAGGAGCGACUCUAUCAAUCCGCGAGUUCUUGCUUGAUAAGGUCUUCCAGACCUUUCCAAAGCGCAAAUUCAUUGUCUUGGGUGACACAACAAAUUUGGAUAUCAUGUCAUCUUAUCCACAACUUGUGACGAAAUAUCCCGGCCAGGUCCAAUGGGUUGGCGAUAGAAGACGGUCGUUGCUAUAA